CGACGACGACGACACCGCCGCCCACGCCCCAUCCCGCAGCUCACCCCCGCGGCCCCCUCUGCAUCAGCGCGCUGAGCCUGCAUCCGCCCUGCCUGCUCCUCCGCCCGACGUGCACGCCAGCGCGGGCCGCGCCGCUCUGCCACGAUGCAUCUCUACAACCUCGCCCUCGUGGCGCCGAGCAACAUCACCGCCGCAUGCGUGGGCCAGUUCAGCGGCACGCGCACGCAGGAGAUUGCCGUGUGCCGCGCCGGUGCGCGCAUCGAGCUGCUGCGCCCCGAUACGACGGCGGGCCGUGCCGCCAGCAUCUGCGAGCAGCAGGCCUUCGGCACCGUGCGCAGCAUGGCCAACUUCCGCCUCACGGGCGGCAGCAAGGACUACCUGAUCCUGGGCAGCGACAGCGGACGCAUCGUGAUCCUUGAGUUCGACACGAAGCUGCUGCAGUUCACCGUCGUGCACAGCGAGACCUUCGGACGCUCCGGCUCGCGCCGCAUUGUGCCGGGGCAGUACCUGGCCGUCGACCCCAAGGGCCGUGCCGUGCUGAUCGGCGCCAUCGAGAAGGCCAAGCUCGUCUAUAUCCUCAACCGCGACGCGGCCGCCAACCUCACCAUCUCCAGCCCGCUCGAGGCACAUCGGCCAAACGCCAUCAUCCACGCCAUCACGGGCGUGGACGUGGGCUAUGAGAAUCCGGUGUUUGCGGCGCUGGAGGUGGGCUACGAAGAGAGCGACCGGGAUCCUACCGGUGCGGCCUUCGAUGCCGCAGAGAAGCUGCUCACCUACUACGAGCUCGAUCUCGGCCUGAACCACGUCGUGCGGAGAUGGACGUCGCCCGUCGACCCGCGCUCCUCGCACCUCAUCCCAGUGCCUGGCGGCUACAACCAGACGUCGGAGCGGUGGGAGGGCCCGAGCGGCGUGCUCGUUUGCGCCGAGGACUACAUCACCUACAAGCACUCGGUGGGCGAGGAGCACCGCAUCCCGAUCCCGCGGCGGCAUAACCCGGUGGAGAAUGACGCAGAGCGGCGGGGCACCAUCAUCACGGGCAGCGUGUGCCAUCGCAUGAAGUCCGGCUUCUUCUUUCUGGUGCAGAACGAGGACGGCGACCUGUUCAAGAUCACGAUUGAGCACGACGGCGAGGACAUGCGCAGCCUCAAGAUCAAGUACUUCGACACUGUGCCCAUCGCAUCUUCGCUCUGCAUCCUGCGCGCAGGUCUGCUCUUCGUGGCAUCCGAGAGCGGCCCGUCUUUCAUCUACUCGUUCCAGAAGCUCGGUGACGACGACGAUCUGCCAGAGUACAGCAGCACCCACUAUCCAGACUUCGGCGUUGGGGAUCGGGCGCCGGAGGUGCCGACCUUCACGCCGCGGCCACUCGAGAACCUGGUGCAGACUGACGAGCUGCCGGCAUUGGAUCCAAUUCUGGACGCCAAGGUGCUCAACCCGCUCGGUACGGACUCGCCGCAGAUCUUCACUGCCUGCGGGCGGGGCCCGCGCAGCAGCUUCAAGAUGCUGCAGCACGGCCUCGAGGUGCAGGAGGCCAUCAGCAGUGACCUGCCGGGCGUGCCGAACGCCGUGUGGACGACGAAGCUGCAGUCCGACGACCAGUACGACGCGUACAUCAUCCUUUCCUUCGUCAACGGCACGCUGGUCCUCUCCAUCGGCGAGACGAUCGAGGAGGUGGGGGACAGUGGCUUCCUCACUUCGGCGCCGACGCUCGCGGUGCAGCAGCUGGGUGCCGAUGCUCUGCUGCAGGUGCACCCGCACGGCAUCCGGCACGUCAUGGCGGACAAGCGGGUGACCGAGUGGACCACGCCUGCUGCGCAGGACGGCUCGCCGACGCAGAUUGUCGCCGCUGCGACGAACUCGCGGCAAGUUGUGCUCGCGCUGGCGCCGACCAACGAGCUCGUGUACUUCGAGCUCGACAUGGACGGCCAGCUCAACGAGUAUCAGGAGCGCAAGAGCAUGGGCUCGCGCGUGCUGACGCUCAGCAUCGCCGACGUGCCCGAGGGCCGCCAGCGCACGCCGUACCUCGCCGUGGGCUGCGAGGACCAGACCGUCCGCAUCAUCUCGCUCGACCCGGACAGCACGCUCGCCUCGAUUUCCAUCCAGGCGCUCACUGCGCCGGCGAACAGCAUCUGCAUCGCCGAGAUGGAGGACACCGUCAUCGACCGCAACCACGCCACGCUCUUCGUCAACAUCGGCCUGACGAACGGCGUGCUCCUGCGCACCGUUCUCGAUCCCAUCUCCGGUCAAUUGACCGACACGCGCACGCGCUUCCUCGGCGCCAAGCCGGUGCGCCUCGUGCGCGUGCGCCUGCAGGGCACGCAGACGGCCGUCCUUGCGCUGAGCUCGCGGCCGUGGCUCUCGUACACGCACCAGUCGCGCACGCACUUCACGCCGCUCAUCUUCGAGGCGCUCGACCACGCAUGGACGUUCAGCGCCGAAAUGUGCCCGCAGGGUCUCAUUGGCAUUGUGGGCGGCAGCCUCCGCAUCUUCACGAUCCCGACUCUGGGCACGAAGCUCAAGUCCGACUCCAUCUCGCUCUCGUACACGCCGCGCCGCUUCGUCAACCACCCGGAACGGAGUAAUCUCUUCUACAUCGCCGAGUCCGACCACCGCACCCUAUCGCCAUGGGCACAGCAGCAGCGCCUCGGCCAGCUCGGGCGGGAACUGAAGCCUUCGCAGCGCGGUGUUCUCGACCUGCCUGCCUCCGAGUUCGGCCCGGUCCGCGCCGAGGCAGGGCAGUGGAGCAGCUGCCUGCGUGUUGUCGACGUCAAGGACAUGUCGACGGCAUUCCGGCUCGAGCUGGACAACAACGAAGCAGCCUUCUGUGUUGCGCUCGUGCCGUUUGCCAGUGGCGGAGCCGCUAACGGCGCCGGCCACGGCGCCGAGCCUUACCUCGUCGUUGGCAGCGCCGUCGAGGCGCACGUCUCGCCGCGCGCUGUCCGCCAGGCCUACCUGAGCGUCUACAAGCUCACAGACGAAGGGCGGGGACUCGAGCUGCUGCAGAAGACGGAGGUUGAUGAGCUGCCGACUGUCCUGCGGCCGUUCCAGGGGCGGCUGCUUGCGGGAGUGGGCAAGGCCCUGCGCAUCUAUGAGCUUGGCAAGAAGAAGCUUCUGCGCAAGUGCGAGAACAAAAACUUCCCCACCGCCAUCGUGUCGCUGCAGACGCAGGGCACGCGCAUCAUCGUCGGCGACCAGGCCGAGUCGCUCAUCUACGUGACGUACAAGGCUGCCGCGAACCGGCUGAUCAUCUUCGCCGACGACGUCGUCGCACGCUGGACGACUGCGACGGCGAUGCUCGACUACGACACCGUGGCGUCGGGCGACAAGUUCGGCAAUGUCUUCGUGUCGCGGCUAGACAGCGCCGUCAGCACGGCCGUCGACGAGGACUCGUCGGGCCUCAGCAUCCUGCACGAGAAGCCCUUCCUGCAGGGCGCGCCGCACAAGACGGACCUCGUGGCGCACUUCCACAUCGGCGACAUCGUCACGAGCAUGACGCGGACAAGCCUCGUGCCGGGCGGCCGCGAGGUGCUGCUCUACACGGGCCUCAACGGCACCGUCGGCGCGCUCGUGCCAUUCGUGGCCAAGGAGGACGUCGAGACGCUGAGCACGCUCGAGAUGCACAUGCGGCAGGAAGCGACGUCGAGCAUCGUGGGCCGCGACCACCUGGCCUUCCGCGGCUACUAUGCGCCGGUGAAGGCCGUCGUCGACGGCGACCUGUGCGAGACGUUCGGCCAGCUGCCCGUCACCAAGCAGCGCGCCAUCGGCGAGGAGCUCGACCGCACGCCGGCGGAGGUGAACAAAAAGCUCGAGCAGCUGCGCACCACAUCUGCCUUCUGAGCCGCGCAGCUCACUCUGUACUUGUACUUUAUCAAUGCAUUCUGCCUCACGC